GCCCCGGUGGGGCCGGAUGGGCAAGUUCGGCACGAUGGCUCAAGCCCCGGCGGCGGCGGUGGUGGCGGCGGCGGUCGGAGGCGGAGGCGCCUCCUCCUCCUCGCCCCGGCGCCGGCGGUGAUCCGAGCGAGCGGCCGCGGCCCCCGAUGAGACUGUUCGCAGGCUGGCUGUGCCUGAGCCUGACGUCCGUGUGGCUGGCGCGAAGGAUGUGGACGCUGCGGAGCCCGCUCACCCGCUCCCUGUAUGUGAACAUGACGAGUGGCCCGGGCGGGCCGGCGGCGGCCGCGGGCGGCAGGAAGGAGAACUACCAGUGGUAUAUGUGCAACAGAGAGAAAUUAUCUGAAUCACUCCAGGCUGUCUUUGUUCAGAGUUACCUUGAUCAAGGAACACAGAUCUUCUUAAACAACAGCAUUGAGAAAUCAGGCUGGCUAUUUAUCCAAUUAUAUCAUUCUUUUGUGUCAUCUGUUUUUAGCCUGUUUAUGUCCAGGACAUCUAUCAAUGGGUUGCUAGGAAGAGGCUCAAUGUUUGUGUUUUCACCAGAUCAAUUUCAGAGACUGCUUAAAAUUAAUCCAGACUGGAAAACCCAUAGACUUCUUGAUUUAGGUGCUGGAGAUGGAGAAGUCACAAAAAUCAUGAGCCCACAUUUUGAAGAAAUCUAUGCCACUGAGCUAUCUGAAACUAUGAUCUGGCAGCUUCAGAAAAAGAAGUACAGAGUGCUUGGUAUAAAUGAAUGGCAGAAUACAGGGUUCCAGUAUGAUGUCAUCAGCUGCUUGAAUUUGCUGGACCGCUGUGAUCAGCCCCUGACUUUGUUAAAAGAUAUCAGAAGUGUCUUGGAGCCAACUAGAGGCAGGGUCAUCCUGGCCCUCGUCUUGCCCUUUCAUCCCUAUGUGGAAAACGUAGGUGGCAAGUGGGAGAAACCAUCUGAAAUUUUGGAAAUCAAGGGACAGAAUUGGGAAGAACAAGUGAAUAGUCUUCCUGAAGUUUUCAGAAAAGCUGGUUUUGUUAUCGAGGCUUUCACCAGACUGCCAUACCUGUGCGAAGGUGACAUGUACAAUGACUACUACGUUCUGGAUGAUGCAGUCUUUGUUCUCAAGCCAGUAUGAGCACUUGGAGUCCACCCCAAGAAUGCACCCCCCCAGAACAGGGUGUUUCAUUAAGUGUUCUCAUUUAUAUGCUCAUAGAAGUCAUCAAAACAACACAUUUGCUGCAACACCUGGAUAGAAAGGAGAAUAAAGCCUUAAGAAGAAUGACUUUAUUAUUCAUUAAGAACAGCAUCCUUACAUCCUCAUACCAGUAUCUUCCACUGUUACUGUAGUCAUUGUAAGAGUUGGGUUAUGUGAUUUAUGCAAAAUUGUUAUUGAUGUGUUCUAAUGCUUUUUUUCCCUCCAGGAAUUUAAAUAAGUCAAGUGCAAAUACUUAGUACUCUAGAUUGUAAAAAUAGAAAGAGGAAAUGAGUAAACUUAAUGUAGCUCUUGUAUAGUUGAAUUUUGCUUCUUUAUAAAGUUGUCUGUCGUAAUCAGGGUUUGCUGUUUAGAAUGUCGAACACGAGUGAUGGGUUUUCAAAGAGACAGGUUGCCCCCAAAUGUCUCAUAACUUCCAAAUGGAGAAUUAAUUUGAUGGUCUGUUUUUUUUAAAAACACAUUUUUUACCAACCCCUAUCCCCCAUCCCCCGCAGCAAAAGCACAGAAUGCACAUACAUUUUCACAUUUCAAAGAUAAAAACAGUUUCUCAAGAAUGUCUGUGGUUCUCUGAAGUCCAGCUUUUUAAAAAAGGGACUUUUAUGGUGAAAAUUUACACAAGCAAUCAUUUCAAACAGAUUUGAAAAUCUUGAUGGUUUGUCACCAUUCCAGUAGAUGGCAGUGUUGCUUACUGAGCAUCAGUGACUUUCUUUUUUUCCUCUAAAUGGAAUCAUGUUUAUUUUUCCAAAGUUGCAAUAAAGCUACCUUCCUGUCUG